CACAGCGAUUGGCCGGCCGUGGCUGUCGGCGCCGAGGCGGGAGCUCCCGGAGGCGGAGGCGGAGGCUGAGGCGGAGGCAGCGGGUGGGGGCCUGGCGGAGUGAAGGGGUACCAAGAUGGCGACUGAAACGGUGGAGCUCCAUAAGCUGAAGCUUGCUGAACUAAAGCAGGAGUGUCUUGCUCGUGGUUUGGAGACCAAGGGAAUAAAACAAGAUCUCAUCAACAGGCUCCAGGCAUAUCUUGAAGAGCAUGCUGAAGAGGAGGCAAAUGAAGAAGAUGUACUGGGAGAUGAAACAGAGGAAGAAGAACCGAAGCCCAUAGAACUGCCUGUCAAAGAGGAAGAACCUCCUGAAAAAACUGUUGAUGUGGCAGCAGAGAAAAAAGUGGUAAAAAUUACAUCUGAAAUACCACAGACUGAGAGGAUGCAGAAGAGAGCUGAACGAUUCAAUGUACCUGUGAGCUUGGAGAGUAAGAAAGCUGCCAGGGCAGCUAGAUUUGGGAUUUCUUCAGUUCCAUCAAAAGGCCUGUCAUCUGAUGCCAAGCCUAUGGUUAACCUGGAUAAGUUAAAGGAAAGAGCUCAAAGAUUUGGUUUGAAUGUCUCUUCAAUCUCCAGAAAGUCUGAGGAUGACGAGAAGCUGAAAAAGAGGAAGGAGCGAUUUGGGAUUGUCACAAGUUCAGCUGGAACAGGAACCACAGAGGAUACAGAGGCAAAGAAGAGGAAAAGAGCAGAGCGCUUUGGGAUUGCCUGAUGAAAAGCUUUUGAUGCUUUCUGUUCUCCAGUGGUUUCCAUCUCUUCGACUCUUCCUGGUCACAUAUAUACCUAAAUGCACAGUCAUGUGCCUAGGUCCUGCCUUGCAGUGAGGGAGCAUGUACCCCAGGUACAUCCGUGAACUCCAGCAGCAGUUUGACUUACUGCAGUUCCAACUUUAAGGUUUUUGUUGUUGUGUUGUUGUUUUUUAAUUAUUAUUUUGCUUGUUAAUAAAAAAAA